AUGGAAUGGUUAAAGAAAAGCUUUAGAAAGCCAAAAACUUUAUUUUCCUAUCAAUUCGAAAAUCCUCCACGAAUUUCCUUACCAGAAACUGAGCUCCGAUUUGAUGUUAAAAUUUCAUAUAGAUACGAUUGUUUGAUUGUUAUUGCAUCAGACAUUUAUGUUUUUGAUCGAAAGUCGAAAUUAUUGAUCAAUUCUUUUAAAUUUGCAAAUGUUGUGCUAUCAACUUUGGAUGAUGAACAUGAUGAACUGUACGUCAUGAUACCAGACCGAACAAAUUACAAAGUUGAGAAGUAUUCAUUAGGACAAUUUAUCAGAAGCAAGGAGAAGGAGAAAGCACAACCAAUUUGGUCAGUAACUGCAUGCUCUAAUCCGUAUGGUGCUGUUGUGUUUAAUGGUUUGGAGCACAGAUAUUUGAUUAUACUUGAUAACUCCAGUGAUGAAAGUAAUUUGAUAAUAGUGGAUUGUGAGGAUGGAUCCUUAAUUGAAAACACAAUUUUUACAGUUCCUCCGAAUGGCUAUUCGCUAGGAAUGAUCUCAAGGAAGGAAAUAAUUGUUGGGUGCUCAGAUAUUAUUGGAAUUUAUGAAAUUGAUGAGAAAUCAUUUGGUGCCACAAGACAAGCUCUCAAUUUGAUAGUUUCUGCAUCUAUGAAGGACGCCACAGAAUUCUAUUCAAUUAUUCAUGACGAAUUGAAUCGAAAGAUUAUCCUUUCAAAUGCUGAUAGUAACUCAAUUACAGUUAUGAGGAGAGACAAUUUAGAAACAGUACAAACCCAUAAUUGUGAGGGCUCUGUACGGGGUGUUUCAGGAUUGUGUUUGGAUGAAUAUACGGGAGAGCUUUAUGUAUGCUUUUCAAAUGGAUUGUUAAUAUACAAGUAG